UACAUGGCCGUGUGGUAUACAAAUUUAUUCAUGAAAAAGCAAUGACGGGACCCUGGAAAACCUGUCUGCUAAUGAGCUUCCUAAUUCCAUCAUGUAUUCCAACACCCCAUCGAGGUCGGCAUCACCCUCCAGAACCUCACGCGGAGGCCUAUCACAUGUCAAGAGACCCCUUCGAUCCCCACCGCGACUCCGAAGAGUUCAGGCGAGACGCUCCCGAUGACAAAAGAGAAUUUACUCGACGAGAUUCCAUUGAUGACGAUCCUCUGGUGGUUCAAACAAAGAAAGGUAAAGUCCGUGGAAUCACUUUUACGGCAGCGACUGGAAAAAAAGUUGACGCCUGGUUGGGAAUUCCCUACGCGCAGAAACCUGUGGGGAACCUGAGGUUUCGGCAUCCCCGACCCAUGGAAAAAUGGGAAGCCGUUUUAAAUACCACUGUUCAGCCGAAUUCUUGUGUACAAAUAAUAGACACUGUGUUUGGUGACUUUCCAGGAGCCACUAUGUGGAAUCCUAAUACUCCCCUCAGUGAGGACUGCCUUUAUAUAAAUGUAGUAGUACCAAAGCCACGACCUACUAGCGCUGCUGUGAUGGUGUGGGUUUUUGGUGGUGGAUUCUACUCGGGAACAAAUACGCUGGAUGUAUAUGAUCACAAUAUUCUCGUCUCCGAAGAGAAUAUUAUACUAGUAUCCAUGCAGUACCGCGUUGCUUCCCUUGGAUUUCUCUACUUCGGUACGUCUGACGUUCCUGGCAAUGCAGGCAUGUUUGACCAAAUGAUGGCCCUGCAGUGGAUAAAAGACAAUAUCGCUGCUUUCGGGGGUAACCCCAACAACAUAACCCUCUUUGGUGAGUCGGCAGGAGCCGUUUCUGUUUCUUUACAUUUGCUAUCCCCACUAUCAAGAAACCUGUUUUCUCAAGCUAUAAUGGAAUCUGGGAGUGCAACAGCCCCAUGGGCUAUCAUCUCCAGGGAAGAGAGUCUCCUUAGGGGUCUUAGAUUGGCCGAGGCUGUGGGCUGUCCUCACGAACGCAGCGAUCUAAGUGCUGUCAUAGAUUGUCUCAAGAAGAAAGAUCCCGUUGAGCUCGUAAACAAUGAAUGGGGUACGCUUGGAAUAUGCGAAUUUCCAUUUGUUCCCGUAAUUGACGGCGCUUUUCUAGACGAACACCCGGUACGUGCGCUAGCCAACAAGAACUUCAAAAAGACAAACAUAUUAAUGGGCUCCAAUACAGAAGAGGGUUAUUAUUUCAUAAUAUAUUACCUAACGGAGCUAUUCAGAAAGGAAGAAAAUGUUUAUGUGAAUCGGCAGGAGUUCCUGCGUGCCGUCACAGAAUUAAACCCCUACGUUAACGCCGUCGCCAGGCAGGCCAUUGUGUUUGAAUAUACCGACUGGUUAAAUCCUGAUGAUCCGGUUAGUAACAGGAACGCCCUCGAUAAGAUGGUGGGUGAUUACCAUUUUACCUGUAAUGUAAAUGAGUUCGCGCACCGUUACGCGGAGACGGGGAAUAACGUCUACAUGUACUAUUACAAACACAGAACCGUAGCGAACCCAUGGCCGUCGUGGACGGGCGUUAUGCAUGCGGACGAGAUUAACUACGUGUUCGGCGAGCCCUUAAACCCUACCAAGAGUUAUACGGCCCAGGAGGUAGACCUCAGCAAGAGGAUAAUGAGAUAUUGGGCCAACUUUGCCAAAACGGGAAAUCCCAGCUUAUCACCUAACGGUGUUUGGACACCGACUUUUUGGCCUUUGCAUACAGCUUACGGCAGAGAAUACUUAACACUCGAUGUCAAUUCCACUGCUACUGGCCGAGGGCCUAGGCUCAAGCAGUGUGCCUUCUGGAAAAAAUACCUACCUCAAUUGCAACAACUUACAGCUGAACUUCAGAAUACUCCAUCUAACAAGGAUUGCAACAACCAGGCGUCUUCAAAUAUACCGUUAUGGAGUACCACUGGUGUCCUGAUAUUCAUAGCAGUAAUAAGACAGACACCCUUCCAAUAAACAUUGAUGUAGAAAUCGGAAUUUCUCCACGAGCAGAUGUAGAAAAAUCAGAGCCUUUUUAACAUGUCUGAUAUUUGUCAGAGGCAAUAUGGAAUUAAUGAACUGGUUUAGAUUUCUGCUUUUGCUAUGUAGAAUCAAUCAAUAUCUAUGUCUAGUUCACUCUGGAUCAGAGCCAUAAAUAUAUGA